UCCAGCCGCAUUCUGAAAACUUUACUCCAACCCCCGCCUCAUCAGCGUGGAAGAGAAUACACACUCAUGUGGACAUUUGGGGCAAGAAAAGGAGCAGGAAAAGUACCAACGUGAUCGUCUCGACUUCGCAUCUUGCGAGGGAAUACAGUAUAUUUUAAAAUCGUUGAUGACUCCUACAGCCACCACGUGCUCUUUGAUGUCUCAUCAUCGCUCACUUUUUUCAUGACCACAAACUUGCUUUAUAAUCCCAACCUCCGUGAAACCACCAGUUGGAAACUGUGGCUUUCCCUCCUCUUGAUCGUUUUGACCACAACGUGGAUUAGAAAUUUUCUCCCUAAAGUCAGACAUUUGGAAUAUAUUUGUAGUCACAGAAGGAAAAUCCGACUUUCCUGAAAAAAAAGCUGCUUUGUACUUUAGAGGAGAAACUUUUAAAAAAAGAAACUGGACUGAAUUGAACUGAAUGUCAAUAACGGAUAUUAACUGGACAAAUUGACUAUUUGUGGCUACUGUAAGCCCCUAAUCAAAGUGUUGUGAUGCGUAUUCCCGUAGAUCCCACUACGAGCCGGCGCUUUACUCCACCGUCCACCACGUUACCAGCAACGGGGAAAAUGAGCGAUGUGAGCGGGAUGGUGCCUCACCAGGAACCAGGGCCCGGAGUCGGAACAGCCGGGACGGCGGCGCUGAGCAGGUCUAUGAUCCGACCCCAUGAGAACCGAACCAUGGUGGAUAUCAUUGCCGAUCACCCUGCAGAGCUGGUGCGCACUGACAGCCCCAAUUUCCUCUGUUCUAUCCUACCGUCGCACUGGCGGUGCAACAAAACCUUACCCGUGGCAUUCAAGGUUGUCGCCCUGGGGGAUGUUCCUGACGGCACUGUGGUCACGGUCAUGGCCGGCAAUGAUGAGAAUUAUUCGGCCGAACUCCGCAACGCCUCGGCGGUCAUGAAGAACCAAGUGGCUCGUUUCAACGAUUUACGGUUCGUCGGCCGAAGUGGACGGGGUAAAAGCUUUACAUUGACAAUCACAGUAUUCACAAACCCACCCCAAGUGGCUACCUAUCACAGAGCUAUAAAAGUUACAGUGGAUGGUCCUCGCGAGCCGAGAAGACAUAGACAGAAACCUGACGAACAGCCCAAAGUUGGAUUAUUUUCUGAACGUUUGAGUGAAUUAGAACGCCUUCGCCAAACUGCGGUGAGAGUGGGCGCUUCAACACAAAGUCCACGGCCUUCUCUCAAUCCUACACCUGGUCCUUUCAGCCCUCAAGCUGCAUCGCAGAUUGCAGACCCCAGGCAGGCCCAGUCGUCACCGCCAUGGUCAUAUGAUCAGUCCUAUCCACCUUAUCUGAGUCAGAUUACAUCACCUUCCAUUCAUUCCACAACUCCUCUUUCCUCCGCCCGUGCCACAGGGCUUCCUGCAAUCACUGCUGAUGUGCCAAGACGACUUUCAGGUGCAACAGAUCUUGGUCCCUUCUCAGAUCCCCGGCAGUUUGGGCUUUCUUCGCUCACGGAAAGCCGUUUCUCCAAUCCUCGAAUGCACUACCCAGCCACCUUCACCUACACACCAACUCCAGUUACAACUGGCAUGUCUCUAGGUAUGUCUGCAGCCACACACUAUCAUACUUACUUGCCACCGCCUUAUCCUGGCUCAUCCCCAAACCAAAGUGGACACUUCCAAACCAGCAGUGCGCCCUAUCUCUACUAUGGCACCUCAUCUGGAUCUUACCAAUUCUCCAUGGUGGCAGGGGGAGAACGCUCGCCCUCCAGAAUGCUGCCACCUUGCACCAGCGCAUCAACUGGCAGUACACUUCUCAAUCCGAACCUGCCCAACCAGAAUGAAGGUGUUGAUGCCGACGGUAGUCAUAGCAAUUCUCCCACUGUGUUGACUUCCACCGGAAGGAUUGAUGAAUCUGUUUGGAGACCAUACUGACUCUUUGAUUCAACAAGAAAACAGAACAGCAGCUUUGAAAAGAACAUAAUUAUUUAAACAGUGCCUAAUGUACAGUUUUUAACUGGAAGAAAACCUUAAGAUAUGACUGCUUAGUGAAAGAACUAGUACAGAACUCAGGACGUUGCUGUACAGUUCAACAUAUGCACAUGACUUUGGCUAUUUUAAGCACCCCCCCCCCCAAACCCCACCCAAACUGAAUGAACUUAACAUCUUGUCCAAAUAGUGUACGUGAAGAAGUCCUGAUUGCACAGCAAAGGAAACAUUCUUUGAUAAAGAUGGGCCUUCCAAGAAGUGGCAGAGUGCAAAUUGUAGUAAUUAUUGAAACAAUGUUGAAAGUAGCAAAAAAAAAAGUGGCUAAAAAGGACUCUAAGCUUGAAGAUGAAAAGUCCUGUAAAAUACAACUGCCCACUUUAAUGUUUCUUUUUAUAAGGAAAAUUGGCUCACAAUUAGAGUAGAAGUAUAUGAAAAGUAAAUGUAUGCAUUUAGUUUAACUAUGCAUAAAGGGGCAGAAUUUUUCUUUUCCUAAUACAUUUCUUGAGGAACACCCGUUAAAUGUAAAUAGAGAGAAGUUGGUUUUAUGAUCUUUAUGUAAGCAUUUCUGUUUACUGAAUGUUUACUACAGAUUUCAAGAUGACUUUCUGUUUUCUUGAAAUGGUUUUAUACAUACCACAAAAUUGCUUUUCAAUUUCAAAGGAGGGUUCAUCCCAUCUUACUUGGAGCAAUUUUAUUCCACUAUAUUGUUUCAUUUGAAUAUUGUUUACUCAUUAAUUGAAUGAUUCCUUGAUGUUGACGUACAGACAUUAAAAUGGUAAUGUCUACUUUGGCAUCAUUAUCCUAUUGUAUCUGUAGUUGUCUGUGUACUUGAGGAAGAAUGGCAAUAGUUAAUAAUAUCAUAACAUUCAAGCUCAAAUGGGUUACUUUAAUUAAAUGGUAUUUUCCUAUGAAAUUAGAAUCAUAAAAUAUUGUAAUAAUUAAAUACCUGUGCAUACUUAACGAUGGAAGCUUGGUGGAAGUUGGGACACUCUUGGUAGUUCAUGCCUGUAGCUUUGAGAGUACUUACUUAUUUGUCACCUAUUCCAUUUCAAUCGAUUUCCCUUAAAAUCGACAUACACUUAGAGGUACAGGAGUGUUCUUCUGCUGAUGUAGCCCAUCCACUUCAAUGUCUGACAUAUUGUGCGUUCAGAGAUACUCUUCUGUGUAUCACUGUUGCAAUGUGAGGUUAUUGGAGUUAUUCUCGUCGUCCUGUCAGCUUAAACCAGUCUGGCCAUUCUCCUCUGACCUCUCUUAUUAACAAAGCAUUUUCGUCCACAGAACUGCUGCUCAUUGGAUGUUUUUUGGUUUUCAUACCGAUCUCUGUAAAGUCUGGAGACAGUUGUGUGUGAAAAUCCCAGGUCAGCAGUUUCUGAGGUACUCAAACCACCCCGUCUGGCACCAACAAUCAUUUUAUGGUCAUAAUCACUUAGAUCACAUUUCCUCACCAUUUUGAUGUUUGGUCUGAACAACAACUGAACUUCUUGACCAUGUCUGCUGAAACAUGAUUGACUGAUUAGAUAAUUGCAUUAAUGAGCAGGUGUACAGAUUUACCUAAAGGUGGCAAUUGAGUACAGAUAUAUAUAUCUUGCUAUAGAAUGAAAAAUUAUUUGAGGAGCAAACAGCAAUAUUACAUUGAAAAGUAUAUAUUGGUUGAAAUAUAUGUUUGGAGGGUUUUGUUAAAGGGAUAUCUACAUGUUUCUGUAUAACAGCUCUAUUCCCAGUUAUAUAUGCCUAGCUCUGCUUAUGAAUAUAAGAAUGAAGCCUUCCAUUGGUUGAGGUCGACCAUGACUGUUGCAUCCUAGUUGUCCACAGUCAGCCAAUAGAAAGCGACAUCCAUGGUUGACCCUGACUACUAGCCAGUACAUAAGCCAGGACAGUAUGAUAUGGAGAGCAAGCAGCUUCUUAAACAGAAGGCUGACCCUCUCAGAAGAGGCUGAUACUGAUUGGCACCAGUGGUGUCGCAGGAAUUGCCAGUCAGCGUUGAACUCAACGUAGGACUGCCUUAGGUAUUCCAUCUCUGGAUUUUUCCUUGAGGUUUACUACCAAUGGAUUUCCCCAUGAGUGUGUACAGCUGCGAGGCAGUGGAAGUUUGAGAUCAGAACUUUCCUUCCCCUAAAUAAGCUGCCAGCCAUUGCUGACGAGCCCCCUCUGCCCAAAGCAACUGGUUUGAAGGCACCAGUAACCCACCUUUGCCCCUUCCCCUGUCAGCUGAAACAGUUCUGCCAGUCACACUUCGCUAAGUCAUGCGUGAAGGCUAGGAGCUGGACAUGGUUGUCAGAGGCUAUUUGAGAAGCACACCAUUUAAUUGGCGGUGGGAGCUUAUCCCUACAAACCCCCCCCCCUCGGCUAUGACAAACUUUCGGAACCAUAGAAUAAGAUCUUACUUUUGGCAUUUGCUCUAAAUUUAACUCAAAUUUUCCAGUAUUUUGCUGAAAAAUCAAUGUGCUAACAAUGAGAAUUUACAGUAUUAAUGCAGUUGAAAGUUCACAUUGAAAUCUUGACAUUAUUCCCUCUUAAAUGCUUCUAAGGAAUCAUAAUUCAAAACACCUUCCAUCAGGGAAUUAAAACCAUAUCUCAGUUUAAUGCCUACAGCUAAAAAUACAUGAUUUUAGAGUCCUGAUGAAGGGUCUCGGCCGGUAACAUUGACUGUUGCUUUUCCACAGAUGCUACCUGGCACGCUGAGUUCCUCCAGCAUUUUGUGUGUGUUGCUUGGAUUUCCAGCAUCUGCAGAUUUUCUCUUAUUUGUGAUUUUAGAGUCACUGUUUCUUUUAAACACUGAAAACUAAAACAAAAAUGCAGAAAAUACUCUUUAUGUUCUCUUUAUCUUCCUCCUUGGUCCAUGUUAGCGAAGGUGAUUUGAUGCUCUUUUUGGAAAGAGUGAUAAAACAUAGAGAACAAUGUUGUUUUAUACACGCCACAUAAAAUUGCAUAUACUGUACAGUAUCUAGGCAUAAUUUCAAUGAAUUUUUAAGUUAAAUAUAUGUGGCUCAUGGAGACAUAGAGACAUACAGCACAGAAACAAGCCUUUGAGCCCAUCUGGUCCAUGUCAACCCAUUUAAACUGCCUACGCCCAUCGACCUGCACUGGACCAGAGCCCCCCAUAUAGAUAGAUAGAUAUACUAUAUUGAUCCCAAGGGAAAUUGGGUUUUGUUACAGCCGCACCAACCAAGAAUAGAGCAUAAAUAUAGCAAUAAAAAAAACCCACAAACAAUUGAACAACAAAAUGCAAACUAUGCCAGAUGGAAAAAAGACCAGGACCAGUCUAUUGGCUCAGGGUGUCUGACCCUCCACGGGAGGAGCUGCACGUUCGAUGGCCACAGGCAGGAACGACCUCCCGUGCCACCCAGUGUUGAAUCUCGGUAGAAUGUGGCUGAAGUCCAACAGUAAAAAAUUCAAUAUCCGGUCUACAAACACGUUCCUCGAUCGUAAUAUGACCCGGAUUGCACCAUCUGUUGUUAACCAGAACAGUAAGCACCCAACUCCUUUACGCUUACCGCUCUCAGUGGAAUUCCCGGUCAGCCGGAACGGUCUGGAAGCCAUCCAUGGAAAAGUUUUGAUCGGGUAUGUCCACGUGCAGUCCAGUUCCAGUGAAACACAUAACACUGCACUCCCAAAAUGUUCUCUGACGCCUGGCUAGCGCCGUGAACUUGUCCAUUUUAUUACCCACCGAACUCCUCUUCUCCAUAAGUCUCUGUUGUUUUGACCCGGUCCUCUUUCCUCGACUUUGUGAUCCCCCUCUGCAUCCUCUGUGUGUUUUCCUCCAGAUUUCAGCAGGAGUGUCCGCCGCUCUGCUCGCUAAACUGGCCGGCAUUGGCGCAAGCAGCUGGUCCCUGGAAUGAACAAUGCGACCAUGCUUCUGUCCCACGUGUCGGGAUGUAAAUAUUUCCAGCGCUAAAAACCCAAAUAAAACUCUCUCUACCAGCAUGUUAGAGAGAAUACAGCUUGGAUGUGUUACCGUGAAAAAAAAACAAAAAAUAACCUAAGUUACAAAGUAAGAAGAAAAAAGUAAGAAUCCGAUCAGAACGGCUGUAACAGGCUACAUGCACGACCGGCGCAUGCGCACUUAUAUCCCUACCAUUCAUGUACCUGUCCAAACUUCUCUUAAAUGUUGCAAUCAAGCUCACAACCAUUGUGUUGGCAGUUCAUUCCACACCCUCACGAACUUCUGACUGAAGAAGUUUCCCCUCAUGUUCACCUUAAAUAUGUCACCUUUCACACUUAACCCAUGACCUCUGGUUGUAGUCCCACCCAACCUCAAUGGAAACAACAUGUUUGCAUUUACCUUAUCUAUUCCCCUCAAAAUUUUAGAGGCCUCUAUCAAAUCUCCCCUCCAUCUUCUACAUUCUAAUGAAUACAGUCCUAACCUAUUCAAUCUUUCCUAUAACUCAGGUCCCCCAGACUCAGCAACAUCCUUGUAAAUUUUCUCUGUGCACUUUCAACCUUGUUUACAUCUUUCCUGUAGGUAGGUGACCAAAACUGCACACAAUACUCCAAAUUAAGCCCCACCAAUGUCUUAUACAACUUCAAAAUAACAUCCCAUCUCCUGUACGCAGUACUUUGAUUUAUAAAGGUCAAAAGCUUCCUUUACAACCCUAUCUACCUGUGAUGCCACUUUCAAUGAAUUAUGGACCUGUAAUUCUCAGAACCCUUUGCUGUACUACACUUCUCAGUGUCCCACCAGAGCUUACCUUCUCGGGCUCUGGUAACAAUGAGAAAGAAAAACCUGCAAAUAAAGAAAAAUGAAUAAAUGAUUCGAGUUAAAAAAUACGGCAGGCCCUAGAUAUCAGGAGUAAUGGAAUAGUGGCUAAUAUUCUAAAUAAGAAUAUCUUGUUAUUUGUUACAUGGUUAUUUUGACAGAGGUGUUACCUUUGAGGUAAUUAAUCUAGUUUUCAGACUCAGAAGCAUUGUCCAGAUGCACAGGAACUAACUUCAGACCAUCCGUUGUUAUUAUUAAAGUGUAGUUAACACUUAAAUGUCUGCUUUAAUUCAUAUAGUUACAGCUACCUUAAGAUGUAUUAAUGAUACAACUUUAAGCAAAAUUAAGUUUAUUUUCAAGCACUACUAGAAACUACACAACAUAGUCAUUGUGAUUCACUAGCACUUCAGAAGUGCUUCGUUAGCCAUAAAGCACAAGGGGUAUCCUGAGGCCUGAAUGUUAUUUCUUUUAUUAUCAUGCUGAGGUGAGACUGAAAUUGAUUCACUUCUUUUCAUGUAACUGCUUUGUGUAUGGGGAACCUACCAUAUAUUAAAGUAACCCAGGUACUUGAUAUAUUAAAAUUGCCAUACCUAUAAAUCUUAAAAAGAUUACACAUGGAAAUGUGUAUUCUGUCUUUGUAACUUAUAAAGCACAAAAUACAGGAGGUACAUUAAUGCAAUAUCUUAUCCUAAUGCUUCCUUAGUUUCAAAUGCUUCGUUCUAUUCUGAGACCAUUUUAUGUAUUAAAUAAAUGUCAAAUAUUUUUCAAUAUUUAGAGAUAGCAAGCUUUUUUUUUACUGUAACAUUUUCUUGUGUGAAGCAUGCUUUUGUGGACCCAAAGUUCUAUUUACAUUAAAUCUGGACAACUUUAUUGAUAUUAUUUAUUGCAAGUGGUAGCUUGAAGCAAACCACCAGUCUACAUUUAUAUAUCUGUACAGGUAAUGAGUUCGAUAGUUUUCAGCAGCAUUUCUAAAAGCAGGUGUCAGGUUACACAACUCGAGGUUGAACAAUCAAAUCCUACUGCCAGUGCAAGCUGUUACCUAUUUAAUAAAAGGUACUUUAUUUGUUUAAUGUAAUUUUUAUUGCCAAGGUGGAUUUUCAAAGAUUUAUAUAUGUGUUUUUAUAUAAAGUGAUUUUUUUAAAUAACAUUCUUUGUUAGGAUGUGAUAUUGUAGGGCUGCUGGCAGCAAUUUUGAAACAAAAUUUAAGGUUUUGUACAGUCAAAAGCACAUCCAACUAGAUCCAGUAUCCACCAGACUUAUGCAAUAAUUACUAUACAUUUUGGACAUCAUGCAAAAUGUAUACAUCAUUUUUUUCAUUAGUAGCAGAUUUUCCACUGCAGAUGUGAACAUUUUUUUGGGGUUUCUGAUAAGUUAGUUCUCAAUGGUACCAACUUUUAACAUGGACUAUCAGAGAAUCAGGGAAAUGUAAUAGGCAGAGGGACACACAAAUUAGCCUUGUUCUCGAGCCUCAGUCAGUAGUCCUGUAGGCUACAGCAUAUCAAAUGUUCGAUGAGAGUUUCUGCCUCUGCGAUCCUUUCAGGUACUGUAACCGGGACCUUCAUACUAACAAUUAAAAGAGCUUUCCUCAAAUCCUCUCUUAACUUUUUGUCAAUGGCCAUAUAUCUAUAACCCAGUUUAUCAAGGGGUUAUGCGAUACCCGAGAUGAUUUAAAGAUACAUUUGUUAAAUGACAUUAUCCGAUUGCCAAGUACUUGAUCUGUUUAUGUGGUGGUAUUAGAUAAUUCAAGGUAUUAAUAAACAAAAUGAAGAGAGCUUCAAAUCACACCAUUUGGAACAUGCAAUUACAACUAAUCUCCAAGUGUUCAAAUCUUGAAAUGUUACAUUUAGAUCCAAAAUUGCAAAAAUGAUAUAUUUUUUACUGAGCAUAAGUUUUGGCAAUAGUACUGAAUAUUAGAGUAUUAAUCUCUCCAUUUUUCUUUUUCUGUUGAUGAUGAGAAAUAAUUACAUAAUUUGAAACAAUAUUUUACCAUUUCAUUAGUGUUAUCAAUGAAAGCCUAGCAGGGCAGAUCAAACCACCAGAUUAAAGUAUACCUGGUUGUGUGUUGGUGAACAGCCGAAUCCAAUUUCCUCUAGAUACCAGAAUUGGAUAGUUGUUGUUAUGGAGGCAAAAUCAUUGAUUCUAGCUACAAACUGAAAGAUUUACUGAGUAUAGCAGUUCACGCCAAUAAUUGAUGAGUAUAGCUGUGUCAAAAGAAGUUGAGCUUUUUUUCUAUUUGACAAUUGCACCAUUAAUGUAACUGGCCAGAACUGUUGGCAGAAACAGACUCUGUUUAAAAAUUGCAUGUUUAUUUGCUUCCAGUCAAAGCCAUCUUAAAAUUUGUUAAAAUAAUUGCCGAAUGCUAUGAGAACAAUACUCUUCAAGUUUCAGCACAUUGAAAGGCACGUGGAAGUGAUUGAAAAGGGAGCAAGGUGAAGCUUGUCCAACUCUGAUAUAGUUACGUUAUCUCUGACCCUAGAAUCUCUGUAGAACACAAAAGGGUUUUUUUUUAAAAAACAGUUUUUCACACAGUUCAUAUUUAGUAUUCUUAUAGUUUGUGAUGUGAGACACAAAACGGAAAUCCGAGCUUUCUAAUGCAACUACCAGAGAGAUAGUUGAGCUCCACAAAGCUCUAUGAGCACACAUUUUGAUCUGUUCAUAUUUUUGUUUAUGUAAAACAGACAACAAUCUGCAAUUUUGUUUUCGAUGGUAUACUUGCACUUCGGCUUUUUAAGUUUUUUUUACUUUUUAUAUAAAUACUAGCUUUUUUUAUUGCUGUUAGUUAAUAAUUGCUUUGCACUGAGUAUACUGUACAAAUGCAUUGUGUUUCCAAGCCAUUGCCAUCAUUGAUUAUGAAUCACUUUGCUACAUCUUAAAAGGGAAUAAUGCUAAGGUAGUGGUUUAUGUAACACAAAACCCACAAGAUCUUUUACCUGGCAUUUUGUCAUGAUUGUAACAUUGAUUGAAGUUUGAAUUUCAUUUUCAA